GCGUGGCACUCUGGGAAGAGAAUUCGGGCCUCCUUCUACGCUAGCGUAGUCGUAGCCCCGCCUCCUCAUUCGUCUCGGAUCUGCUGGCCAGCCGUUUGGGAGCCCACAGGUUUGCUCCGAAAGUAAAGGAUGCGCACCUGGGCUGGACCACAGUUCUCUGCACUCUCCCAAGAGCCACAGAAAAUGAACACACCUCAGGCAUCAGUGUCAUUCAAGGACAUAACUGUGGAGUUCACCCAGGAGGAGUGGCGGCAAAUGGACUCUGCUCAGAGGACCCUGUACAGAGAUGUGAUGCUGGAGAACUACAGCCACCUGGUCUCAGUGGGGUACUGCUUUACAAAACCAGAACUGAUCUUCACAUUGGAGCAAGGAGAAGAUCCAUGGUUAUUUAAGAAAGAAUUUCUAAGAAAAGGCUCCCCAGAAGAAUACCAACCUAAUCAACUCUCAGAGAAGAGCCUAGAAAACCAAGGCAAAUAUUUGUGGCAAGUUUUAUUCACCAACAGAUCAUUGACUACAGAGGAAGAGUUUUCAGGAAAACCAUGUAAUCUGGACAUAAACAAUUUAACUCCAAGAACAAUGCCCUAUAAAUUUGACAGUACAGGACCUGCUUACCUACAUCUCAGCUCAGUGGCUCCACAUUGUCAGUAUUCAAGAAAGAAGGCUCAUGAGCUUAAUGUAUGUGAGAAAUGGCUCCUCAGUAUUAAAGAGGGAAGAACUAAUACUGGAGAGAAGUCUUUUGUUUGUAGUAAAAACGUGAAAGCCUUUAGUCAUAAAGAGAAGGUUACUCAGUAUCAGACAAUUCAGACUUUGCAGCAAGCUUCUGAAUACAAUGAAUGUGGAAAAGCUUUCCUUGAAAAGACUGUCCUCAUUACAUCUAAGAGUACCCACCCAAAAGUGAAAUCUUGUAAAUUUAAUAAAUUUGGGGGAAAACAAUGUGAUAAGUCAACUUAUAUGGUCUCUCAUAGCAAUAAUCCAGAGGAGAAGAGUCAUUAUGAGCUUAAUGAAUAUGAAUGUACUGAAAACAGAAAUAAUUUCAGUAGGGUCACUCAGAAAACUGACACAGAAGGGAAAUCUUUCAACCAAAAAUCACAAAUUAGAGAACAUCAGAAAAUUCACAUAGGAGUGAAACCCUUUGAAUAUGGAAAGAAUUUCAACCGUAAUUCAGCCCUCCCAGUGCAUCAGAGAACUCACACAGCAGACAGAUCUGAUUAUGACACAUGUACAGAGACGUUAGUUUGUCAGUCAGCUUUCAACAUACAUCAGAGAACUCCCAUAACAGAGAAACCAUAUGAAUGUAAUGAAUGUGGAAAAUCCUGCUCUAUGAAUUCAUUUUUGAUUCAGUCUCUAGCAAGUCACACAGGGGAGAAACCCUAUGAAUGUCACACAUGUGGGAAAGCUUUCAGUGAGAAGUCACGCCUAAGAAAACAUCAGAGAACUCACACAGGAGAGAAACCAUAUAAAUGUGAUGGUUGUGAGAAGGCUUUCAGUGCAAAGUCAGGCCUAAGAAUACAUCAGAGAACUCACACAGGGGAGAAACCUUAUGAAUGUAAUGAAUGUGGGAAAUCUUUCAACUAUAAGUCAAUCCUCAUAGUACAUCAGAGAACUCACACAGGGGAGAAACCUUUUGAAUGUAAUGAAUGUGGAAAAUCUUUCAGCCACAUGUCAGGCCUAAGGAAUCAUCGGAGAACUCACACAGGGGAAAGACCUUAUAAAUGUGAUGAAUGUGGGAAGGCUUUCAAACUGAAGUCAGGUCUAAGAAAACAUCACAGAACUCACACAGGAGAGAAGCCCUAUAAAUGCAAUCAAUGUGGGAAAGCUUUUGGUCAAAAAUCACAACUCAGAGGACAUCAUAGAAUUCACACAGGGGAGAAACCCUACAAAUGUAAUCAUUGUGGGGAAGCUUUCAGCCAGAAAUCAAACCUCAGAGUGCAUCACAGAACUCACACUGGGGAGAAACCCUAUAAAUGUGAUGAGUGUGGAAAAACUUUCAGGCAGAAAUCAAAUCUCAGAGGACAUCAGAGAACUCACACAGGGGAGAAACCCUAUGAAUGUAAUGAGUGUGGAAAAGCUUUCAGUGAGAAAUCGGUCCUAAGAAAACAUCAGAGAACUCACACAGGGGAAAAACCCUAUAAUUGUAAUCACUGUGGAGAAGCUUUCAGCCAGAAGUCAAACCUCAGAGUCCAUCAGAGAACUCACACAGGGGAGAAACCCUAUAAAUGUGAUAAAUGUGGGAAAACUUUCAGCCAGAAAUCAAGCCUUAGAGAACAUCAGAAAGCCCACACAGGGAGUUAAACAUAUGAAUGUUAAGAAUAUGGAAAAACUUUGAGCCAGAAAUCAAAUCUCACAAUACAAAAGAGAAAGAAUCCCUAUGAAUACAAUCAACACUUGCAAGUUCCUCUGUAAGAUACCAACCUUCACAAACAUCAGAGAACUUAACAGGACAGAAAUUCUUGGAAUAUAUUUUCUGUGGGCAGUCUUUCACCCAGAGUGCAGUCCUCAUUAUGGAUCAGAGAACUCAGCCAGAAAAGAAAAUGUAAAGAUAAUGAAUGUGAAAAAUACUCUGUACUCAAUCCUCAGAAAAAUCACACUGCAGAAAAGCUCUGGGAAUGUAUAAAUAUGUGAAAGCUUUGUAUCAGUAAUCAAAACUUCCUCAUCAUCAGAGAAAUGAUUCAGUGGGAAACCUGAGAAUGUAAUAAGUGUUGGAUAACCUUUAGCCAAAAGUCAGCUUUCUUAGUACAACAGAAAAUAUAUAGAGACUAGAGAUCUAAUCAAUAAAAACAAAAAAUGAGGCAAUGGAUGUGAGAAUCCUAUUAUAAAUCAACCCUCAAUUUGACUUACACAGAAGUAAUCCCCGUAUGCCGUAAUGACUAGUAAUUGUUCACAAAAACAAAAACAAAACAAACAAACAAAAAAACACCAUUUCCUCUCUCCCUCAUGCCACACCUCGUCUAAAUUUCUCAACUAGUGCCACCCAAAUGGGGUCAUGUUAGUAACCUCUGGCUAGUGGAAUAUGGGGAUCAUUGACAAGCCUCGUUGAAAACAUCCCUCAAAUUCCCAAUGUUUUCUCCUGUCCCUUAUCAUAAUGGAGUGGAGAUUGCCCUCAAUGAAACCAUGGGGGUCAUAUGCUGAAAAUGGGAGAGUACAAGAUGGAAGGAAACAGAAAAAGAGUGACUGGAAUAGAGUUUUCUCCUCCAUGUACACAGACUUUUUGCGGCAAGGAAAUAAACUUGUUCUCUGCUGAGUUACAGAUUUGGGUAUACUUAAUACUGACAUAUACUCACCAACCCUCAGUAAAGCCUAUGAAUAUGAUUUCUGUGGAUAUCUGAACUCAACAUAUAUCAGAAACCUGACACAGGAGAAACCCCUGACAACAUCCUGAAUGACCAUAGUUUAUAUCCACAACUCUUCAUCAGUCAGGUAAAUAUCAGUGGAAGAAAUCCAACAUUUGAAUAUACAUAGGAAAUCCUUUACCAAAAAAAAAAAAUGGUUUCUCAUUAAAUAUCUGAUAAUUGAAUUGUAAAUGUAUGAAAGUUUUCAACAAGUCAUCAAACUUUAAUCUCUCUCAGAAUGUGUUACAAGGAAAAUCUAUCAAUUUGAGAAAGGUAAGUAAUGGUGUUUACUUAGACGUUCUAUGAGACUGUUUUUUCAUAUCUAUUAUUAAGACAGUUACUGAAACAUAACAGUGUUGAUACAACAUUCACUAGAAUAAUAAGCUUUAAAAGAAUAAGAAAUAAAUUGCAUAAACUGAA